AUGCCAGUUCUGAAGGAUCAUUAUUACAGAUUAGCAUCUGAAGUUCCUCAGGAAAGAAUCGAAGCUGCUACAGCAUUGCUUCAGGAAUUAACACAAGUGAACGAAAAAGAUGAAUGGGACUAUGCUUUGAAUAGAUUGAUUAAAGGGUUAACAAGUUCCAGACAGAGUGCUAGAUUAGGAUUUUCUAUGGCUCUAAUUGAAGUUUUACGUGAAUUGGUCGAGAAAGAAGAACAUGAAUUAACUGUUUCUAACUUCUUACAACAAGUAUUAAAGUUGAGCCAAGUUAAAUCAUCAAUGAAAGGUAAAGAAGAAAGAUCUGUUUUAUUUGGUAGAUUGUUUGGUUUGCAAGUGUUAUUAAAUUCCCAAUUAUUAUUUAAUGAUAAGGUCUCAUCUCCAGAACUGUUAUGUGAAUUUGUUGAUCAAUUGGUUGAAUUAUCUAGCAUUAAAUCAUGGUUACGAGAGACUUCGAUCUUUACUUUGUGCCAGUUUAUCAGCCUCUUGAGAAACAAUUCAGGUGAAGAUGUAGUUCUUGUGCAUAUUUUACAAAAAAUCAACGAUGUUGGUUUGAAUUUAACUACCGAAGGUAUUGCUGUCUAUUUGUCAAUUCCUCAACAAAAUCGUGAGAUAUACUCCAAUAAGAUAAUUGAUACGAAACCAAACUGGAAAAAUGGAGAUCCUUUCUCCAAGGGAAAUUUACCUACUUUAGCUAAGGCCUUAAAGGAUGUGGAGGUUGUUGAGCCUGAAGGUGACGGAAGUGACACGCCAAAGACGAAAAAUGGUAAUUCGAAACAAAAAGGUAGUUGGAGUCCUAGGAUACACUUUGUUUGGGAUAUAAUAAACCAGCACUAUAAUAAUCAUGGGUUUGAAGAUUCUGUUGAUACUGAAAAUGAAAGUUCUGACUCGAAGAAGCGUAAGAAGACAUCGUCUAAAUCUUCUAAAAAGCAAAAAAUUACAAAUGAUAAUGAGGUACCAUUGAAGGAAUUCUGGAAAGUUGUGGUUGACGAAACUUUGUUUGCUGAUAAGUCAUCACACGAACGAAAAUACUGGGGGUUUGAAAUAUUUAUUAAGUUUUUAACUUCUAUAAAAUCAACUGAUAUUUCUUCGUUAUUCACCCCAAACUUUAUGAGAUGUUUAAUUAACCAGUCUUCCCAACAGAAUCGUAUAUUGAAUAAAAUUUCUACGAAAGUGUUAAGUAUAAUUAUUGAUAGUUCAAGUAAAGACUUUACGAAAGCUCCAAUUAUUCUUGACUGUCUCGUUGACGAAUCUAAAGGGGGUUGUUGGAAUUUUGAUUUAGUUACUAAAUCAAAAUGUACUGAUAAGUUAAUUGCGGUUUUAAAUGGUAAGGAAGAUAUCAACAGGAUUGAGGUUGAUUUAGUAUUGAACCAGUUCAAAGACGUUUUAAUAUCUAAAUUUAAUAGUGCCUUAGCUUCUCAGGAGGAAGAAGAAACUGAAGAUGAGCAUGAAGUUAUGAAGAAGUCUAAUGAUAAUAUUCAGAAAUGGGCUUUGGACAAACUAUUAUUACUUUUCAGAUCCAAUAAAGCUUUACUUUCAAAUGAGAAAACUAACUCUAAAUGGUUAACAAAAAUUUUAAAGUUACUAAUUCAGCAUUCAUUUUUCAAAAAGAUAGAUAGCCAUGCUGUUUCUGGUAAUAUCAGAAAGAUAUGUCAAGACAGGUUGAGUUCUGUAUUAUCCGAUAUAAUCAAUAUCCAAAUGAAUGACCGUUCGUGGCCGUUGUCGUCAUGUCUUUCUUCUAUUAAUAAAUUAGAAAUCUCAGAUGAUUAUGAAAAUCUCUUGCAAUUCGAUGAAACUUUAUUGAAUGUUAAAGAAGAAGCUCUCGCUGUCUUAGCAGAGAUUGAUGGAUCACUUAAGAACUCACGCAAGAACGAUAAUCAAAAGAGAGAUCAAUUAGAUUGUUUCAAAUUGUUGUUUUCAAUGAUAUUAAUACAGUUUUAUAUGGGUGACGAAGAAGCUGUCACUGUCCUUGAAGAAUUGAAAAUGUGCUAUAAUAACUUCUUUAAGCGUGAAGAAAAUGAAGAUGCUGACUCUGCUGUGUUUUUAACUGAAAUAAUUUUAUCAUUUACAUCGCGUAAAGCGACUUUACUGAAGAAACUUUCGUCCAUUGCAUGGGAAUCUUUUUUGUGCUCCAAGGAUGAAACUGAUAAAGUAAAGUUGAAUGAAGAAUGUUUGCAGUUAUUAUUUGAUGUCUUAGAGGCUCGUGAGAACAAAGAAGGACAGCAGAAACUAUUUGAAAAUGAAGAUGAAUUCGAAGCUGUUGAUGAUGAAGAUGACGAUUCACAUGAUUCAGCUGAUAUCGUCGAAGAAAGCGAUAAAAAUGAUGAAGACUCAGAUGGCAGUGAUAGUGAAAGUGAUAGUGAAAGUGGGAGCGAUGAAGAGUCUAGUGGAGCCAAUAAAUCAAAUGACGUUAUUUCAGAGGUUGAUAAGCAAACGAACUUGAAGUUAGCACAAGCCUUGGGUAUUCCAACUGAAUCGUCCGGUGAAGUCAAAUUUGAAGAUUUGAGCUCGCUGGAAGAUAACGAUGAAGAUUCCUCAUAUCAGUCAGAUUCAAUGGAUGAUGAAGAAAUGAUGGCAAUGGAUGACCAAUUGUCAAAGAUCUUUAAGGAAAGACAUGACGCAAUGUCAAGCGUUGUUACUGGUAAUAAGAGAAAAGCUGAAGUAAUUGAAGCUAAGGAACAAAUGAUUUUCUUCAAAAACCGUAUCUUGGAUCUCUUGGAAUUGUUCAACAAAAACCAACCUUCGUCCUACCUAAAUUUGGCCAUGAUAAAACCAUUAAUCAUAUUAAUUAACUUGACGAUGGACAAGAAUUUAGGUGUCAAAGCCCACAAGUUAUUAAAAACAAAAUUGAGUAAGACCAAGUUAACUAAUCAUGAGUUGGAAAUAAAUUUCCCAACCAAAACAGAGCAGUCUAACUAUAAGGAAUCUUUGAUGAGUCUCAUCGAAUGGUUACAAAAGGAAGCUGGCUCGAAUAAGUCGUCCAACCAAGCACACUCGAUGGCUUGUGGUCAAUCUUGUAUCAUUGUAGCUAAGAGUUUAAUUGCCGUGGACGAACUGUACUUGGACAGAAUUAUUGAUUUGUAUGCUCAAUGUUUAAAGAAAUGGGCAGCAAAAUCUAACAGUAAAAUCCAGGCUUCCAUGUUUUUUGAUUUUAUCAACUGGUUGAAUUCCAAGAGAGGUAACUAA